UCAACUGCCUUUCGGAAAUGGCUGCAGCUUUAAAGUCAUUUUCAGGCCUUCUUCUCCAAUUCAUCUUUGUAGUAUUAUUUGUGUUUAGCCCUGUGAAUGCCCAACUCAAAGUAGGGUUUUACUCCAAGACAUGCCCGCAAGCUGAGGCCAUAGUUAAGGAGGUUAUCGAUGGAGUCCUCUCAGAAGCUCCUUCUCUUGCUGGCCCCUUGUUGAGGAUGCAUUUUCAUGAUUGCUUUGUUAGGGGUUGUGAUGGGUCAGUGCUGUUAAACUCUAGCACUCAUCAAGCUGAAAAAGAUGCACCUCCAAAUCAAACCCUUCGAGGAUACGAGGUUAUCGAUAGAGUCAAGUCUGCUUUAGAAAAGGCUUGUCUUGGAGUAGUUUCAUGCGCAGACAUCGUGGCUAUUGUGGCUAGGGACGUCACCGUUGCGUCCAAGGGACUACGCUGGGAAGUUGAAACUGGAAGAAGAGAUGGACUGGUUUCCAACUCAACAGAAACCUUUACCAACCUGAUAGCUCCUGAUUCAAACAUCACUACGAUAAUAACAAGAUUUCAAGCUAAGGGUCUGAGCGUAAAAGAUGCAGUGGUGCUGUCAGGUUCGCACACCAUUGGUACUUCUCACUGCUCAUCAUUCAAUUCCCGGCUUUACAACUUCACCGGAAAGGGAAUCAAUAAUGACUCUGAUCCCACAUUGGAUUCAGCAUAUACAGAAGCGCUGAAGAUAAAAUGCAAACCAGGAGAUCAAAAUUCACUGGUAGAAAUGGAUCCUGGGAGCUUCAGGACAUUUGAUACACACUAUUACACACUUGUGAGCAAAAGAAGGGGCCUGUUCCAGUCUGAUGCAGCUCUCCUUGACAACAGUGUCACGAAAGCUUACGUUGAGCUUCAGGCGGCCACCAAGGGAUCCACUUUCUUGAAAGACUUUGGUAUGUCCAUGGUGAAAAUGGGUAGGGUCGGAGUUCUAACAGGUACAGCAGGUGAAAUCAGGAAAGUUUGCAGCAAGAUUAACUAGACAGUAAGGAGAAAGUUGAGUGUUGGAGUUGAAGAGAAUUUUUCCUGUUUGCUGAGAAGAAAAAGAAAGAGGAAUUAUAUAUAGUUUCUAUACCUCUUUUCUUCUGCCUUUUUAUUAUUAUUUACUAUUUAUUUUUUUUUUUUUACUUUUUCUGUCUAAUUAUUUGCUCAUCGACCAGAAGGUUCAUUUUGGGCCGAUUGAGUGUGAAUAUUUCAUGUAUAAUUUAUUGGUGUU